AUGCCACUUGUUCCCGGAGAACGAUUCGAAUUCACUCUGUCCACUUACGUGGAAAAUGUGACCAGCACUAAACUGCAUCGAAGUGUCGUCCUAACCCCAGCAUUCGAUAUGACCGGAUUCGGACUGAGUCUUCAGGAAUACCAAAGCGGUGUGAAACUAUCGUGGCCCCAAAGCGACGUUUUCAUGUCAAGAAUGCGAGACAUUUGGAACAAGGUGGUCGGCCCGAAAUCUCAGCUCCAAAUGCGACUAUUUCCGGCCGAUGGUCUUGAGAAAGGAAGCCGUCUGCAGGGAGAUCCUCAUGAAGCCACUCCACUUAUAGUUGGAGCUCUGAAAAAGGGUUCAUGUUACAAGGUGCAAAUCUUCACCGUGACCAAAUCGGGCAUCGUCUCUGAGAAACGAUAUAAUGACUUCUUCCGUAUGUCUGCUCCUUUGGUAAACAUCACCGUCAAGAGCAUCACCAGAAGCUCGGCCGUCAUUCAUGCCGCUUUGGUUUCUCCGGGGGAGGCUGAUCCCGAAUGCCUACUGAACGCCAUCGUACUGGACAUGCAUUCUCAUGUGGUGUUAGACAAAACGCUGAAAGCUCAGUCACAUAACUUUUCACCCAUCGAAUUGGGCGGACUGCGCCCUUUUCACAAGUACACAGUGAACUCCAAGAUUACUUGUGCAUCGGGACCUACUGACUGUAUUUCAACUUCACGCACCAUACGUCCAAUGACAUUUUCCACCAUGCAGGACAAACCGGGACCGGUUCUCUCCCUUUCAGCUCGUCCUCUCAAUCCGUAUUCGGCUCAACUCAUGUGGCUACCACCGGCAUUACCGAAUGGAAUCCUAACGCAUUAUGUAGUAGACGUCAAAUCUGAGGUAUAA